CCCAGAAAUCACUUCUUCAACUUCCUGUUUUCCUUGCAUAGUUUUUUUUUCGUCUUUGAUAUUUUUUCUUAUGCGUUUACCUUUUUAUUUUUCAAUGACAAUCGGGCCUUAUAUCUACAGAAAAUCUGUGAGCAUUGCUUCCCAACAUGGUUGCAUUGCAUUUGAUAACAAUAUCAACUUACUGUUAGCUUACAAGGACUACACUCCAGAAACAUUUUUGUGUUUAUGAUGAUCAAUUUUGGUAUGAUAUUCAUGUCAACCUAAUGAUCAUCAAAUAUUCAACAUGACUUUAAUCGCUGCUUUAAGUCGCUUUGUGCGGCGUUAUGUUUUCAGUGCUGAAGUCUUAAUUUUGUGUAUUCUCUUAUUCCUUAUUUAUAAUUCUGGUCGACUGCAUGUGGAACCAUUGCGUAAAUAUUUUCAAAAGGCACGUAUCAAAUUACAACUAAAGUGGAAUGGAUAUUACGAUCAGAUUCCCGAGGAAAGUGAGAAACAAGUCACGGAAAAGAAAACUAAGGCGUCAUGGGAGUUACGGAAAGGCAACAUUGCCAUUUAUGCAAUUCAAGGGCGCCGCUCUCACAUGGAAGAUCGGUACAACUUUAUUAGCAACCUGGAUGAUACCCAGACUUCAAUUUAUGGAAUAUUUGAUGGUCAUGGAGGAGAGUUUGCUGCUGAUUUUGCAGAAAAAGUGUUGUUUAAGAACCUUAUGAUACGCUUGUUGAAAAUGCCCAAAGAUGAAAACUCUUCUUCAAUGACAGAGCUCCUAACAGAAGAGUUCCUCAAUGUUGACCAACAACUGUUGGAAAUUGCCAAAUCUUCGCAGGAUGUGUCAGGUUCAACUGCAUUGGUGGCUGUCUUAAAAAAUGGCAUUCUAACUGUUGCAAAUGUUGGUGAUUCUCGAGGUGUCAUGUGUGAUAAGGAUGGCAAUACAUUGCCACUCACUGUUGACCAUAAACCACAACAACUGAAAGAAAGAUCACGUAUCAAAGAAGCUGGAGGCUAUAUCACUUUUAAUGGAGUUUGGCGAGUUGUAGGUGUUCUAGCAACUUCAAGAGCCCUGGGAGAUUAUCCUCUCAAAGAAAAAAAAUAUCUCAUUGCAGAACCUGAUAUUUACAUAUUUGACCUGAAUGUGAUACAACCAAAGUUUAUAAUUUUAGCCACAGAUGGUCUUUGGGACUGUUUUAGUAAUGAAGAAGCUGUGAAUUAUAUUCAGGAAAGACUCUCUGAGCCACAUUAUGGAGCCAAAAGCUUAGUCUUACAGGCUUAUUACAGAGGUUCUUUAGACAAUAUAACUGUUAUGGUUGUAAAUUUUUAUGAUGCAUCUGUAAGUUUCUACCAAUCAAAUCAAGAUGAAUCAGCUAAAGAAAAUCUUCAAAAAACACUUUAAAGAAUUAUUUUUGUUAAAACUAAAUUUCUUUAUUGAAAAUUUCUUCUGACACAUUUUUCAAAAUAAAUAAAAUUUCUUCUCAAAUUCUUCAUUGAAGAAUAUCUUUCAUA